AUGAACGCCUUUAUAUGCUUAUUUGUCAUCGCUGUAUCAGCACAAGCCAUUAUGGCUGAAACUACAGCAACUCCAACAAUAUCGCAGAUGAAAGUCGAUGAAGGACUGUUCUGUCGUGAUCUUUGCAAGUAUGAUUUAUCAGGUCCUGCAUGUGACAUUGAUUGCACUGGAAUUGAAACUGAAGUUCUUGACGUUUCUACUGAUUUUUGUAAUGUUUUAUGUAAGCAUGGAUUAGGCUACAACCGCUGUAAAUGUCCAGAAGUUGAGACUUACCACAAAAAUGAAAAUGUCGUCGUUUGCUUCGCAUUUUAUAUCUACAAUAAUGUAUCACUUAAAGGAUGUCCGAAAUGUCCAUUUAUUGGCAUGAGCCAUCAUAAACCAGGAACACACACUGAAGGAACUCAUUCACAUACUGAUGCUCAUGCACAUUCAGGUGGCGGAAGGCCAACUGGAAAUCCAUAUGCUCACUUAAUUGUUACACCAGAAGAUAAGAAAUUGGCUGCAGAAGUUAAGGAAAUGUAUUGUGGAUAUACAUGCAAGAAUCAUCCAGAACGAGGUGGCGGUUACUGCAAAUGUGUUAAGGCAUAAAGGAUUCAUUC